GUGAUUGGCUACAACUUGUUUAGCUCCAGCCAGUCGUGGGCGAGCUUCACAAAAACAAUCAUGCAAGUGCCGUCACCAACAGGAACAUCGUGGACCGUCACACCAACGUCACCUCAAGAACGAGCGAUCGAUGGGCCAGCGCCAAUCGUAAAGGACAAAAACUACCUGUACUCGGGUCGUAAAUCCUUUGCGGUAUGGUUGGACUGGACCGAGUGGCAGACAGUGUAUGCCGACGUGUUUGCUAGUGAAUUGAACCUCCUCGACGACGGUUCGGACUCGCCCCACACUAGAAAACUUCGAGCUCUUUCGUACAUGGCUGCAUGGCGAGCGCGGAGCGAUGUGCCUGUGGCCGUAGAAGUCACUGCGCAAUUGGUCGAGAUCAGCUGCCACGACAGUCUGCUUGGCUUGGCGCUGCCUGGUCGAUCGGCGUAUCGAUCCCACGAAGAACUGCGCCUGCUGUACAGCGCCACCGUCGUUCGAUGCGUAAACGGCCUCGUGGAUGCAUCCCAGCGAGGCGCGUACGCCCAAGCCGUGAGUUCGCUGGCGUUGCGCAUUGGCAUUCCGCUCUGGAUCGUGGACAUUCGCCACGAAGCUGCACACACUAAGCUUCCAUCGCUGCCGACUUUGCAGUUAGCAUGCCAGACCCUUCGUCAAUGGCUGUUUGAACACUAUUGGCAUCCCCAAGACGCAGCAAUCAAGCAACGGGUAGCUCAGGUUGGGUCGGCGCUCUCGCGGCGAUUGCAUUUCAACGAGCCACUGCGCCAGUUGCUUGGGCUGGAUGUGGCGACAUUGAGCGGAAUUGUGGUGCCGCUUCUGGUCCAAGGCCACCAGUAUGGCGAGAGGGUUUCCUCCGAUGGCACGAUUGUGGAUCUGCUGCCGAAAGAUGUGGCGUUGGAUUUCACUCGUUUCGACGCCGAAUGGUUGCAACUGUGUGGCCAAGACUCGCUGCGCCAGGUUGUCGAAGAAUGCCAAGGAGUUUGGGAUGACUUUGUCGGAUGGUUCCUCGUAGCCGUGGCUCGGGAACUGUGUCGCAUCUGCCAAGAUGAGACCCAGGACGUAAAGAGCGUGUUGCUGGCCAAAUGGAUCGUGCACGUUGCUUCCCCUGACACUUGGACGCUGGAUCGACGUGGACAUCGGCUGCCCGUCGCCGCUUCGUACGCGUUGGCUUUGCUUCGCAACAGCCCCGAACAAGACAAUCUGCUGGGGCACUACUGGAAGGCAGCCGAAGCAGCAUUAGUUGCUUGUUCAACUAACGACCACCCAGCCAACGUCGAGAAUGACGUGAUCACUUCUUGGAAAAAGUUUGAAGUGUGGACACCAAGCCCCAUGGGUACCCAAUUGCCGUUUGGUUCCAUUGCGCGGGACUUGUCAUUGACCGAUGCGGUGGAUGAGUGGGAUUCAGGUUAGCAACCCAUGGGGAUUCUUGCAGUUGUCGUCAUGUCGAUUGCGAGUAGGCAAUCUCAUUGUGCUAUCGGAGCUUCCACCUGCAGACACGAGCAUGAUGGCCGAUUUCGACGCCAAGUACUUUGCCAACGUGGCAGCCAUUGUCGACGCUCGAAACAAGAUUGCAGAUGAGAUCGUGGUUGCAGGACAUACAAGCCAUAACGAAUCCAUUUCCCACGAUGAAGUCGUGCGAUUGCAAAAUGCAAUUGAAAUCUGGUAACAGUUAAUACAACAACUCAUGAUUGAUUUGGU